UUUGAGUGCGGCUGCGCGCGGCCCAAUGUUGUUGCCGUUGCUGACGCGAUAUGUGAAGAAAAGAAUAUUGGAGAAAAUAAAGAUUUGGACAGGGAGGGGAGCCUCCUGUCGUGGCUCCUCAACCGCAGCUACAGAUCAAAUUGGCAAGCUAGCUAACCAAGUGAAAUUAAGUGCGUUUUUGUAGUUACGGAGGCUGAAGGGGACUUUACUUAACGUCACCCUAUGUGAUCGCCCUUCCCUGUCGCCGGACGCUACACAGGGCCAAGCAACAAAAAAGCUAAUCGCCAUUAUAUGAUCCAUUAUCUAGCGUCACUAUUGCCCUCCAUGUGGGUGAGGGAAUUGUGUGUGUCAGAUUAUGGCGAGAAAAACAGUUAGCAGGAAAAGGAAGGCAGGAGAGCCCAAGGAUCAACAACAGGUGGGCUGGUGCCAGUCAACGUACAAGCGGAGUCGCGUAUCAUCCUCGUCCCGCCACGCGCAGCAGUGGUGGCGCAGCCGGCGUUCAGUCGUGUGCGCCCUGCGGGGGCGGGAGUUCCGGCCUCAGCAACAGCAUGAGUGGCGGCUCCAGCGGAGCCUACGUGGCUUCGCUGCCGGGAGGCUUCCCGGCAUUCUCAAAGAGAGGGAGUUCUCCCUGGGCCGCCUCAACAAGGUGUUCGCCUCCCAGUGGCUCAACCACCGCCAGGUGGUGUGUGGGACCAAGUGCAAUACGUUAUUUGUGGCAGAUGUUUUGACUGGGCAGAUCACACGGAUCCCCAUGCUAAAGGACAGAGAGGGCAGAGCCGGAGGAACUCUGCCCACAGGGACCCCUUUCCUCCCAGGUGUGGGUUCAGGGUCUGGGCUGGACCAGCAGGGCUGUGGGAUCCACGCCAUUGAGCUCAACCCUUCCAGUACACUUCUAGCGACUGGAGGAGACAACCCUAACAGUCUGGCUGUUUACCGGCUACCAACCCUGGACCCUGUCUGCGUGGGAGAUGAUGGCCAUAACGACUGGAUUUUUUCCAUUGCAUGGAUCAGUGACAGCAUGGCUGUGUCUGGGUCUCGGGAUGGUUCCAUGGGCCUGUGGGAGGUGUCUGAGGAGGUGCUGAGCCAGGCAGAGAGAAAGCAGAGCGAGGAGGGGGUCCCCUGCUACUCCCACAUCUCUCACCGUGCCCUGGAGGACAUCCCCAAGGAGUACACCAACCCCUACAACUGCAAAGUGCGAGCCCUGGCGUUCAACAACAACCACAAGGAACUUGGCGCUGUCUCUUUGGAUGGCUAUUUUCACCUCUGGAAGGCUGAGCAAAACUUGUGCAAGCUAUUGUCCACUAAGCUGCCUCACUGCAAGGAGAACGUGUGCCUGGCAUACGGGCAGGACUGGUCCGUGUACGCUGUGGGCUCUCAGGCUCAUGUGUCCUUCCUGGACCCUCGGCAGCCCACCCACAGCAUCAAGUCUGUCAGCUCCCGGGAGCGAGGAAGCGGGAAUCUGCUAGGGAUCCGCUCUGUGAGUUUCUAUGAGCACAUAGUGACGGUGGGCACAGGUCAAGGUUCCCUUCUCUUCUAUGACAUCCGAGCCCAGCGGUUUCUGGAUGAUCCCCUGAGUCCAGCCGGCGGGUACCGGCAGCGCCCAGGAGAGGGCAUCCUAAAACUCACCACAGGGAAGGGCUGGCUGAAUCAUGACGAGACGUGGAGGAGCUACUUCUCUGACAUCAACUCCUUCCCCAACGCCGUGUACACGCACUGCUACGACGACUCCGGCACCAAGCUUUUCGUGGCUGGUGGCCCUCUGUGCUCAGGCCUCCACGGCAACUACGCAGGACUCUGGAGUUAGCCUUCUGACCCCUCCCCCCCCGUCUUCACUUUGGUGUCCCUGAUUUCUCCUUCACUCAUUCCUCCACCCCCUUGUCCCUCAAGCUUAAGUGGGAUGGCCUUCCUUCCUCUUAAGUAGCCCUUCAUCCAUUUUUGGUCCUCCUCCUUUGUUGUUUAGUGUCUCCUUCACUUGGGUCAUCACUUUAUCUCCCUUCCUUACUCUUGGACUCAGGAGCAUGAUCUUGUCCCCCCCCCCUUCUUAUUGAAUCUUCUGUUCAAUAUUACUUUCCCACUCACCACUUUUUUAAUUUCCACAGUAACUAGCGAUGUUUAACAAGUUGCAAGGUCUGCCACUGAAACAGGAAACGGAAGUGUCCAAUUUCUAAUUGUAAACCAGUGCAAACACUGCAAUGGGCCAGACUGGAUGUCAUGUUUUUGCGUUCUUUUUUGGUGGUGUACUUUGUCAUUGUUGCAAAGUGUUUUUCUUUGGUUGUGACUUGCGUCUACUUUUUGGAAUGUUUUCCGUAUGGUGACUGCCCUCAUUAUUUUUCUCUCUUUCCGAAAUGGACGGCAAUGAAAAGGAGAGGAAGGGUGGGGGGGAUUUAAAGCAGAUGAGAUUUGAAGGAAUAAGUUUGACUAGUGGAGUUUGAUUUUUAUAAGAAACUGAAAGAGGACAUGUUUAUUGGCUGGACUGGGCCACCCAUUCCCGCAUUGGCCCGUAAGGAAAUAGUGAUAAAGAACAACCCAAUCAUACACAACGCAAGAAGGUGGAGAAGGAAUCAAAUGUUGGCUGCGUAACGUUUUUUCUCUGAUGAUGUAAAGGUGUGAUGACUGUAGAUGCUAAAUGCAUAUGUUUUCUGCUUUGAAUAAUCCUGGAGAAUGCCGAUUUUAUUUUGAUUCCAACUGUGUGAUUUGACAAAUGUAAACUUGUUGGUAUUAUUACAAUUAGCUUUAUUGUUAUUAUUUAUUUACCCCGCUCUCGCUGUCACCCUGUAUGGCAUACAUCGAGGGCCAUCCAAGUUCUUUGAUGGUUGCAAUGACUGCUUGCUCUUUAUGUGCCCCAAAUACUUAGUCAGGUGUCCAUGACACGUAACAUAAUUUGUAUUAUUAUAUAUUUUUUGCUUAAUCCUGUAAAGAAAUUAGGGACCCCUUAUGGAAAGUCUUAGGUCAUAUCUAGGCUUAUAACUACUCACAAGGUUGCCCAAAAGUGAGCAGUGAUCGCCAGUAUGGGCCACAGUGUUUUCUAAUUUAGUUUAAAAAAGGUAGAGAAGAGAAGGACUUCAUUGAUUCCUGCUGGUAAAUUGCACUGUUACUCUACUCUGACUUUGAAAAGGUAAACUCUAACUUCAUAAAGUUAUCAAUCAGUAGCCUGAAAAACCAAGGAUGGGGAGG